AUGAAGCCCUCCUACUCCUUCUCCCUCCUCACUCUCGCUCUCUCCGCUAGUGCUGCUCCUACCGCGUCAACCCGUUGCACCAACGGCCGUGGCAACGUAGAAGGACACCUUACCAAUGAGCCGUGGAUCAAGCAGCUCUUUUCGCCCUGCGUCGGAGGGGCUGCCGGCGAUGGCUCUGAUUUUUGGAAGCGCAAGGCCUGCGUGGCCGCUGCUGUUGCAAUGGGCCCACGACCUCUCGUGGACUAUGCGACCUGCGACAAGGCAUCGAUCCCCGAAUCGAACACUCUCCCUUACCUCGAUUACGGCGUUUACGCGAGUAUCGUCGGCGAUUGUGCCUACGACGCUCAGGCGUGCGGUAUCUCUAGGCAGAACCUCGUCGAUCUUGUCUACGGUGGGCUCUCCGCCGCUGGGGCUACCAUCUGGCCUACGAGCGCGGACCAGCUCGUGACCGAUGUCAUCAAUCCCGUCUUUACCUGGGCCGCGCGCGAACCCACCAUCCCGUACUCGCGCUUCAACGAAUGGCUCCAGAGGUCUGGUUACACCGGUAUCCUGACCGAGGCUGGGACUGACAACAACGAGUACUUCUACGACCACGAGAGCGACCGUGACUGA